GAACCCUCAUGGAGGCGCUCAACGAGCUCUGCGACCUGGUGGCGGCGCACCCGGAUCUCCUGCUCGCCGACAAGCUCGCCUGGCUCUCCUCACGCUGCGGGGCCGCGCCGGCGCCGGGGGCGGCCGCGCCGGCGGCGAGGGCGUCGCGGGCGCACCUCCACUCCCUCCUCGCCCUCGCGCGCCUCCUCCCUGCUGGGGCCGGCGGUGGAUCCUCCUCGUCCCCGUCCCCGCCCCCGCCGCCGCUCCUCGCGUUCCUCGCCUCGCACGCCUUCCUCUCCCCGUCCUUCUGGCCGCAGUCGUUCGCGCCCGCGCCGUUCCUCUCCAGGCUCCUCCCCCUGCUCGCCGCCGCGCCGGCCUCCCCCGCCCUCUCGUCCGCGCUCUCCGCGGCGCUAGUCUCCGCGCUCGACGUCGCUGACCCGGCUUCGGCGCCUCUCGCCCGCGCGUUCCUCUCCGCGGCGGCGGCCAGCCCCCCGACGCUCCUCCCCGCGGAUGCCUCGCCCGUCGCCGCUCGGCUGUUUCUCGAGUUCGCGGGCUCUGAGGAGGCGCCGCCCAAGGCCAAGGGGAAGGGGGAGUACGCAGCGGGGGAGGAAAAUGGAGGGGUCAGGGAGGUGGUGCUGAAGUUCGAGGAGGAGGAGGUGGUUGCCCUGGAGCGGAAGGAGGUCGCCUUUAGGCUGAUCGUGCAUAUGUUAGGGGGCGAGGGUGGUCUGGAAGCCGAGAAGGUUGCCAAGGUCAGAAAUUCCGCCGCAAGGCAGGUCCGGUCACUCUCGGAGUUCUUGAAGAUUAGGAAACGAGACUGGAGAGAGCAGGGUGCGCAGCUGAAGACAAGGAUAAAUACCAAAUUGCUCUGUUGCCAGGCUGCAGUAGUGGUGCUGGUAAGGAGCGUUUCUGCCAUGGACGCUGAUAGCAAGGCCUCCAAGGAUAUGCUCCAGCAGACUCUAGCUUGGUUUAUUGAGGCCACUAAGUCAUGCAUCCUCUCAUCAUGGCGCAAACUGAAGAUAUGUGAGGAGCUAUUUUGCACACUGCUCAAUGGGAUCAGCCAGAUAACAGUCUCCCGAGGGGGCCAGCUGCUGCCAGUUCUGCUGAUUCCUUUGAAACCUCUCGUCGUGAGCACUUGUUCACAGGCCGACAUGACAGGUAGUAGCCCUGGGGCUUUGUUUGAUGCAGUGGUUAAGUUAAGCUGCGAAAUUAUAGAGUUUGGCUGGACAAAGGAUAGAGCUCUGGUUGACACGUUCAUUAUGCGUUUAGCUGCGUAUGUCCGUGAACGGAAUGAUUAUGAGGAGGAGGAUGGCAAAGAAAAAGACGCAGUUCCGGUGAUGCGACUUAAUGUUAUACGCCUUCUUGCUGAGCUAUGUGUAUGCUUGAAAAAAUGGGAAGUUGUAGACAUGAUUUUGCCUCUUUUCAUUGAACAUUUAGAAGAGGGUGAUGCUUCAUCUCCAAGUUUGUUGCGACUUCGGUUGUUAGAUGCAAUAUCUCGUGUGGCAUGCUUGGGUUUUGAAAAGUCAUAUCGUGAGAGCAUUGUCUUGAUGACAAGAAGCUAUCUCGAUAAAGUUAAAGCUGUAGGAUCUGCAGAAAACAACACGAUGCCGUCUGAAGCAACGACUGAGAGAAUAGAGACUCUUCCUGCAGGUUUUUUGCUUGUUGCUACCAACCUCACUAGCACAAAACUCAGGUCUGAUUACCGUCAUAGACUCUUGUCUCUAUGCUCAGAUGUGGGGUUAGCUGCUGAGUCUAAAAGUGGGAGGAGUGGUGCUGAUUUGAUGGGUCCAUUACUUCCUGCGGUUGCUGAAAUAUGUUCUGAUUUUGACCCAGUUUCCACUGUUGAGCCAUCAUUAUUGAAAUUGUUCCGUAAUUUAUGGUUCUACAUUGUCUUGUUUGGACUAGCUCCUCCAAUACAAAGCAACCAGGCACCUGCAAAACCAGUUUCCACUUCAUUGAACACUAUGGAGAGCAUCAGUGCUAUAGCCCUUCAGGCUGUUGCUGGACCCUACAUGUGGAAUAGCCAAUGGUGUGUAGCAGUGCAACGUAUUGCACAAGGAACUCCACCACUGGUUGUCAGUUCGGUGAAAUGGCUUGAAGAUGAGCUAGAGUUAAAUGCUCUCCAUAAUCCAGGUAGUCGUCGUGGCAGUAGUAAUGAAAAGGCUGCUGUUGGACAGAGAACUGCGCUUUCUGCAGCUUUAGGAGGUCGAGUUGAGGUAGCAGCAAUGAGUACAAUUUCAGGGGUUAAAGCUACGUAUCUCCUUGCAGUUGCAUUCCUUGAGAUAUUGCGUUUUAGCUGCAAUGGUGGCAUACUUUCUGCUACCUCUACGUUGAAUAAAUCAAAUAGCGCCUUCAGUUGUGUGUUUGAAUACCUGCUUACCCCAAACCUGACACCAGCAGUAUCUCAGUGCUUGACUGCAGUUGUGCAUAGAGCUUUUGAAACAGUGUUGUCAUGGCUGGAGGAUCGUAUAUGUGACAUAGGAGAAGGAGCUGAUAUAAGGGAAUCUGUUACAUCUGUUCAUGCUUGCUUCCUUAUAAAGAGCAUGUCACAGAGGGAUGAAAAUGUUCGUGACGUGAGUGUCAAGCUGUUAACUCAGCUAAAGGAAAAGUUUCCACAGAUCCUCUGGAACUCAUCAUGUUUGGAUUUACUUCUAAUCUCUGUUCAUAAUGAGUUGACCUCUGGUCCUGUUAGUGAUCCUGCUUGGGUUGCCACUGUACGCUCACUAUAUCAGAAGAUUGCGAGGGAAUGGAUAACGAGUGCUCUUUCAUAUGCUCCAUGUACAACCCAAGGCCUUAUACAGGAAAAUUUUUGCAAGCCAAGUGGAGCACAAAGAUCACAGCAUACAGCAGAUGUCGUCUCACUUCUAUCUGAAAUACGUAUUUGUAGCGGAAAGAAUGAUUGGAAUGGCAUUAGGACAGCCAAUGUCCCUGCAGUUAUGGAUUCUGCUGCAGCAGCAUCAGGGGCCAAAAAAGAAGCACCUGACAUCACCCUGGAAGUACUGUCAACUGCGGUAGUGACUGCAACUGUUAAAUGCAACCAUGCGGGGGAGAUUGCUGGUAUGAGAAGACUAUUCAGUACUAUGGGAGGCAUAAACACAGGCAUGCCUCCCCUUGGUACACAGUCGGCACAGCCCCAUCAAUCGUUUGACGAAGUUUUUCUGUCAAGAUUUGUUCGCCUUCUUCAGGACUUUGUUGUUACGGCAGAGAAAAAUCAAAUAGAUAAUACAGUGUUCCGUGAAACUUGUUCUCAGGCUACAGCAUUACUUCUUGAUCAUAUGGUAUCGGAAUCGAGAGCAAAUCUAGAUGGAUUUUCUCAGCUUAUACGCCUUCUAUGCUGGUGUCCUGCUUAUAUAUGCACUCCUGAUGCUAUGGAGACUGGGAUAUUUAUCUGGACCUGGCUAGUAUCUGCAGCACCUUCCUUAGGUCCUCUUGUGCUCGCAGAACUUGUUGAUGCAUGGCUGUGGACAAUAGAUACAAAGCGCGGUCUGUUUGCGUCAGAUAUGAAUUACUGUGGCCCUGAUGCAAAAUUGAGGCCCCAUCUCAUUCCUGGUGAGCCUGAGGCACCACCAGAAAAGGAUCCAGUUGAAGCAAUAAUAGCCCAUAGGCUCUGGCUUGGCUUCUUUAUCGACCGGUUUGAGGUGGUUCGGCACGAUAGCAUCGAGCAACUUCUACUUCUGGGUAGGAUGUUGCAAGGGACAAUGAAAUCUGCAACUCAUUUUUCUCACCAUCCUGCUGCAACUGGCACUUUCUUUACUGCAAUGCUCCUGGGGCUGAAAUUUUGCUCAUGCCAGUCUCAGUCUAACUUGCAGAAAUGUAAUAUGGGACUUCAGUUGUUAGAGGACAGGGUAUACCGUGCUGCUUUGGGAUGGUUUGCUUAUGCACCUGAGUGGUAUGAAUCUCAAAACAAAAGUUUUGCUCAGAGAGAGGCCCAAUCCGUAUCAAUAUUUGUCCACUGUCUGCAAAAUGAGCGCCCCAGUGGCUCAGCUGAUCCUGGUUCGAAGUUACAGGGACGUGAAGGUGAAGUCAAUAUGCUGGAUCAGAUACACCCAGUCUGGGGCUCAGUGGAUAACUAUGCAACUGCACGAGAAAAGCGUAAGCAAUUACUUCUUAUGCUUUCUCAGAAUGAGGCAGACAGACUUGAAGUAUGGGCACAACCAAUAAAUACAAAAGAUGCGUCAACAUUUCGUGGUAAAAUUAGCUCAGAUAAAUGGAUUGAUCAUGCGAGAACUGCUUUUGCUGUUGAUCCUCGAAUUGCACUCUCUAUGAUUUUGAGGUUUCCUACAAACUCAGCAUUGUCAUCAGAAAUUACACAAUUGGUACAGACACAUAUAUUGGAACUACGUACAAUUCCUGAAGCAUUACCCUUUUUCAUCACUCCAAAGGCAGUAGAUGAAAAUUCAUCGUUGUUACAGCAACUUCCACAUUGGGCUCCAUGUUCUGUUACACAAGCAUUGGAGUUUCUUACCCCUCCUUAUAAAGGACAUCCCCGUGUUAUGGCAUAUGUUCUCCGUGUCCUGGAGACUUACCCACCUGAGACUGUUACCUUUUUUAUGCCACAAUUGGUUCAAUCUCUCAGAUAUGAUGAAGGGAAAUUGGUUGAAGGAUACUUGCUUGGAGCUGCUCGGAGAAGUAAUAUAUUUGCUCAUAUCUUAAUAUGGCAUCUGCAGGGAGAAUGUGUUCCCGAGGAAUCUGGGAAAGAAGCAGUUGUACCAAAGGCCACUGCGUUCCAUUCCUUGCUUCCUGCUGUUAGGGAGAAAAUUAUUGACAGUUUUACUCCGGAAGCUCGUGACAUGUUUGAAAGGGAGUUUGACUUUUUUGACAAGGUCACCUCGAUUUCUGGUGUUCUUUUUCCUCUUCCCAAAGAAGAGCGGCGAGCGGGUAUUAAAAGGGAGCUGGAGAAGAUUACUGUGCCAGGUGACGAUCUGUACCUUCCUACUGCAACAAACAAGUUUGUACGGGGAAUUCAACUAGACAGUGGUAUUCCUCUCCAAUCUGCUGCAAAAGUUCCAAUAAUGAUUACUUUCAAUGUGGUCGAUCGUGAUGGGAACCCAAAUGAUGUGAAACCACAGGCUUGCAUUUUUAAGGUUGGUGAUGAUUGUAGGCAGGAUGUGCUGGCACUCCAAGUUAUUGCUCUAUUGAGGGACAUCUUUCAAGCUGUUGGAUUAAACCUUUAUCUCUUCCCAUAUGGUGUUUUACCCACUGGACCAGAGCGAGGCAUAAUUGAGGUGGUACCAAAUACUCGGAGUAGGAAUCAGAUGGGUGAAACAACUGAUGGUGGUUUGUUAGAGAUAUUUCAGCAAGACUACGGCCCUGUAGGUUCACCUUCUUUUGAAGCUGCUCGUGAAAUGUUCAUGAUCAGUAGUGCUGGAUAUGCUGUUGCUAGCCUACUCCUUCAGCCGAAGGAUCGGCAUAACGGCAAUCUUCUCUUUGAUAGCCACGGGAGACUAGUCCAUAUUGAUUUUGGAUUUAUUUUGGAAAUUUCACCCGGAGGAAACAUGGGAUUUGAAAGUGCACAUUUCAAGCUAAGCCAUGAGAUGACUCAAUUGCUUGACCCAUCUGGAACCAUGAAGAGUGAUACUUGGAAUCAUUUUCUGAGAUUGUGUGUCAAAGGGUACCUAGCAGGAAGAAGACACAUGAAUGGUAUUAUUACCACAGUGCAAUUGAUGGUGGACAGUGGUCUUCCUUGCUUUAGCAGGGGAGAUCCUAUCGGUAAUCUUCGAAAACGGUUUCAUCCAGAGAUGAACGAGCGUGAGGCUGCUAAUUUUAUGGUCCGAACAUGUGUUGAUGCCUACAACAAAUGGACUACCGCAGGGUACGACUUGAUUCAAUACUUGCAGCAGGGUAUUGAGAAAUAGUCCGUUUCUCCUUUUUUUUUUUUUUUGUAAAUGGGGGUCGUGUACAUCAAUUGUAUGUAGCCACUAAUUCUUUUAUGUAGAAUUAUGUUGUUGAGCGGUUCAUUGUAUGGUAAGAUCGAUGAUUUCAAGCGAUUAACAGAGAGGGAAUAUCAGUGUAAGUUAAACAGAGGCCAUUCUUUUUUUCCCCUGUUGUAAGACAGCCGAGCUAGUAAUUAUAUUGGAUCGCUAACUGAAUCUUACAUGUCCA